UCAUGUCGACGGAGUCACACAAAUUUACAUCUCUAAGACAAGCUAGGAAAUCAGUUUCUAUCGCAGAAAAAGAGGAAUUGGUCGUAAUCACGCCAAAUGAGAGAAACUGGCGCGGUAUUCUUAUCGCGCUUCUGGUCAUUGUAGCCGUUUUGGGCUUGAUAGUAUUCUUUAUCGUCCUGCUGUCCCCACCAUACAAAGGUCCUAGAAAUCUUGGAAGUAAAUUUACGGUUGAUCAAAUUGCUGGGGAUACAUUCAAAGCGCCUUCAUUUAAUGGCUCAUGGAUAUCAAGCGUGGAGUUGGUGGUUCGAGACGCACAAGGUGGCGUCAGCGUAUACAAUAUCGAAACAAAUAAACACAGGGUACUCCUCACGAGUUCGUCUUUUAAACGAGUGAAUGCUGAUGAAUUUCAAACGUCGAGUGAUCAAAACUACGUGCUGUUGGUGUCGGAUAAGAAAAAAAUUUACACGAACACGAGGGAAGCCAAGUAUCAUGUCUUUGAAGUGUCGACCCAAAAUAGCGUACCACUCAUUGCCACCUCCAAAAAAUCGGACGAUGGCGAGCAAGUUUUUAUACAAAAAGCGCAAUGGUCGCCGACGGGUAGCGGUCUGGUGUUUGUUCACAAAAACGAUUUGUAUUACAAGAUCCAUGGAAACCGACACAGCAGGGUGGUCAGGAUCACGGACACGGGUUCAUCGACCAUCUUCAACGGCAUACCAGAUUGGCUGUAUCAGGAAGAAGUUUUCAAAUCCGAUAAGGCGUUUUGGUUUUCGCCAUCCGGACGGUAUUUAGCGUACGCGACGUUUAACGAUUCAUUGGUUGGCGAGUACAAAUAUCCAGUAUAUAACACAAGAUUCCAAUAUCCGUAUUAUCGGUCRUUACGAUACCCCAAGGCAGGAACUCCAAAUCCAGCGGUGACUAUGUGGUUAAGAGACUUGAAAAAUGAUAGUUUAUUUAACGUUACGCUAUUGCAAAAACCACAAGCUUUAUACAUGGAAAGUGAACCCUAUUUAAUGCAUGUCAAGUGGGCAAACGAAAAACGUAUUGGAGUAGUUUGGAUGAAUAGAAAACAGACAACAAUGGUCAUAUCUGUAUGCUCCGAACCAAACUGGGAGUGUCAAGAUUCUUAUGUGGAGAAAAUUGCUGAUGGAAAGGGGUGGUUGGAAAACACCGAAGUCGAAUUCAACGAGGAGGGAACUAGCUACUUGGCAAUAUUACCAGUACUUGAUGGUCCACGUGGUACCUACCCACACAUCUGCCUGGUGGAUAUAUCUACAAAAAUUGUACUCCCACUGACGAGUGGAAGUUUUUGCGUCGUUCGAAUCGUCAAGUGGGACCAGACGAACCAGCUAAUAUACUUUGAAGCGAUACCGGAGGGGAAACCGUCACAAAGGCAUUUAUACAAAGUACCCGAUAACGUUAACARCACGAUGGGAUGGGAAUGUCUGACAUGCCCUCCGAGUGGACCACAAAAGAAUACUUCCGAAAUGGACAUUUCAUCUAGUUCAGAUAUCAGCGAUUCGUUCAGGUUAAGUCUUAAGGGAUUAGAGUCAUCGAAACUUCCACAAGACUCGUGGCCAGUGAGAACAAACUCAUGUCUGUAUGUCCGAUCUCAUUUUUGUCGGUAUCCGAAUUCGAAAUACUACGUUUUAGAAUGUUUAGGCCCCUCGGUACCAAAAGUUAUAUUGAUGAAUCUGCAGAUAAAUCAAAAAAUAAUGAUAUUGAACAAUCAUACUACACUUGCAGCUAAAUAUUCUACCAUGGCUAAACCUAACAUACAGAUAAUGCAGGUGGAGGUGGAGAGCGGAUUUAUAGCUCAAACCAAAUUGAUGCUGCCCCCUGCAUUCAAACAAUACGAUGAAACCGCAUUUCCGUUUAUUUUAUACAUAAAAGGCAAGCCUGGCACUCARUCAGUAACUGAAGAAUGGUCUGUAGAUUGGGCUACGUACUUAUGCAGCAACAAAAACAUUAUCAUCGCUAUAAUCGACGGUCGUGGAACACUGGGUCAAGGUGACAGGUCCAGGACCUCAAUUUACUACAAAAUGGGAAUCACGGAUAUCCAGGACCAGCUUUCGGUUUUGUUGUAUCUCAAAGACACUAUGAAGUUCAUAGACAAAGAUCGUAUUGGAAUUUGGGGCAAAGGAUAUGGUGGAUAUGCCACCGGAAUGAUAAUGGCCAAACAACCGGAAGUAUUUAGAUGCGGAAUUGCCAUGUCACCGAUUACAAAUUGGGCGCAUUUUGAUUCGGCUUGGACUGAAAAGUUGAUGGGCACACCAAAUGUGACAGAUAAUUACCGUGGAUACGAAGACUCAGAUUUAAGUAAAAAGGCAAUUAAAUUGGAUAAAAAACUGUUAAUGUUAAUCCAUGGAAGUGCAGACGAAACGGUCCAUUAUCAGCAUAGCAUGAUGCUGAUUAGAGCAUUAACAGAAAAGGGAAUAUUAUUCAGACACCAAUUGAUCGCGACACCUGUAUUAGAACAUAAAAAGGGGCAAGGAAGUCAAUUUGAUAUACAAACUGUUAUAGUAGAAUAUGAAUACCAGAAUAYCACCUAA